AUGAGCACAGUGACCCUCGCAAUCACCAUCUCCGUCGCCGUCAUUUUCGGCGUGACACUGCUAUGGGUCGCAAUCUACUACCUUCACCAGUACGUUCACCGCGAAUGCUGCAAGAUCAGGGACUUCUUCAAGAGCCUGGUGUGGACGAUACCAAAGCAGGAAGACUACGCGCACGAGCGAGGCGAAUCGACUCUGCGGCACGGUACCCCAGAUGAAUGGGUGCGAGAAGAAGAAAGGCGCAGGACAUCCGAGAUCGAGUGGGAAAGAGUGGAACGAGAUGUCGAGGAGCGAAAGCGGGAGCGUGAUGUAAGGAAGAGAGUCAAAAUCAGGAAAAAGGUCGACGAGUGGGAGGACAGCGAUAAGAUGGGAACAGACGGGACGGCGGACUUUAUAUCGAAGACGAAUAUGCCGCCCAGCUCGCGGCGGCGUGAGAUUGAAGAAGGGCCCGAGAGAAGGGGUGGACAAAGGGUUUUGCUACAGCCGUGUGUGCCGGCUUAUGUGGCAGCGUUUGUACCUGUCCUGCGGUCAUAUGGAACUCCAUACAUGCCUGCCGUUUUGUCUCCUCCAAUGUUUCCUCUCGUUACCGAGCUGGAAGAGAGGGAUGAUGGACAGUUUGUGGAACACGGAUUGCCACCGCCGCUGCCAUAUGCGAACGAAAUCGAGGAAGAGCAGGAUUUCCUGUCACAGCCUCAUUUGGACGUAGAAGAGCGUAUGUCACCGAUUGCAGAGGCUGAUCAGGAUGUAGUGAGUGCAUCUGUAAACGAACAGUCAGCGUCGAAACAGCAGAGGGGGGAUGGUGAUUUCAUUGUCAUCGCCGACGAGUAUCCAACGUACGUUCGCGAACGUAUGGAAGAAAGAAGGCAGGAGAUGGAUAAGUCGAGGGCAGUAGACAGCAGCUCUUCUGGUUCAUAUUCGAGCUCGGCAUACGAGGAAGUUCCGAGAGGCCCGAUCCCGACUGCCACCCAGCGGCCUACUUUCCACUUUCCGCAGAUACCGUGGAGGACGCACCCGCCGGACAUUCCAAGAAGCUAUCCGAGCCAGUGGAUGCCUCCCGUCGAGCCGCUUCCGGGCGACCUCCUGAUGUAUCCACCGUAUGCCAACAUGGGACGCAAUUCUAGACGUGAGCGAGGAGAUGGGAAGCCAGGACUUACAUCCAGUAAUACUCCUCCUUGCCCUGUCUGA